UAAAUGGCUGCUUUCAACUGACGUCCUAGCUCAUGUGGAGUUUCUCUUCUCUUUUUAGGCUUUAGUGUUGCUUUUAGCAGCCUUUCUGAUGUGAUUUGAUGUCGGAUAAACGUCAGCGUGCCAGAGUCCAGGGCUCCUGGGCCAAACAAGUGCCGAAACCCUCUGCUCCAAAGGUUGCAGUUCAGAACAACCAACAGCCCAAACAUGAAAACCCAGCCCCUACUUCUUGGGGUUGUGGGCCCCAGAAAACACCUAAUACUUUUGAGUUUCAUCAGCCCUCCAAGCCAGUGAGAGCUGUCCCACCAGAGAAGGUGAUAGAGCAGGCAGGUAUUCAUGAGAUCAGCGAUGGACCAUCAGGAGUGUCCAUACUGCGGCUGCUGCCCGGGUUUCUUCCCCCAGAGGAGGCAGACUGGAUGUUCAGUAAACUGCUGGCAGAGCUGCCCUGGUCCCAGAAGACCAACUACAGACAGGGUGGGUACAGAUAAG